CGUGACGCUCAUACAACGGCUUUACCUAAUUGGCUGCAAAGCGUACGCUGGCUCUGAAGGUUUUUACGCGCCGCCAGUAUGUUCUAAUUAAUAUUCAUGAGCUCGGCUUUUGCCGUAGUAGGGUUCGUAAUUUGGUCCGUAUCUUUUUAGAGCAGAGCGUCUCUCUAUUUGCAGUUAUGGCGGAGCCUUCAGCGCAGAGAGAUGAUGGUGAGUGGCAAGAUUUCAACGCGUUCAAGGGCGGAACGGGACGGAAUAUCCAUCUGGAGCGGGUUCACGUGAGCGCUGAAGAGAUGUCGCUGCUGCUGGAUGGAAUUUCAGAUCCCGAGAGCGCGCUUGAGAAUGCGAUGAGCUCUUACACAUGCACAGAUGAGAUCAUCAAACACUUCGACGAGAAGUUACAAUCAUGCUUCCAAAAUAUAGACUCCAAACCGGACGCAGUAUAUCCAGUGAGGCCAAUAAGCGAGGAUACGACUCUGAAAUGUGACGAGAUCUGGAACGCUCUCACGGAUAACUAUAGCAACGUCAUGCCAGUGGACUGGAAUCAGUCUAGAGUCCGAUCGCUUCACCUCUCAACGCUGAGCCUUGAAGACAGACCGCGGAUGGAGAGUGUGAACCUGGAUCUGUCCGAUGAUGAGGACCUGAGGGAGCAGAUGGACACGCAUUCCAUCAUUGUGUCCUGUAUCAAUGAGGAGCCGCUGCUCACUGCUGAACAGGUUAUCGAGGAGAUAGAGGAGCUGAUGCAGGACUCUCCAGAGAUGGAAUCGGAGCAGAAAGCUUCACACUCAGACCUGUCAUUCGUCUCUCAGAAGAGCCAAAGAUCUCACAGCAGGCAGAUCUACGAAGAGAGAGUGAGGCUGAUGUCUGUAGUGGAGCUGAACGAUGAGCUGGAGGAUGUGGAGACGGCCAUCCGUGGAUAUUCGGAGGAGCUGAUUCAGCACCUGGCCAUGAGGGAUGAGCUGGAGUUUGAGAAGGAGGUGAAGAACAGCUUCAUCUCGGUCCUCAUAGACGUACAGAACCGACAGAAGGUGCACCGAGAGAUGCUGAAAAAGAAGAGGAAAGUUAAGAACGUGGCGGGAUCUGAGAAGCUGCCGUCUUCUCGCUUCAGCAUGGAGGGCAUCUCUACUGCCAUUCAAAAUGGUUUUCGGCACACUUUUGGGAAUGGGGCCGGUGAGAAACAGUAUGUAACAACAGUCAUCCCGUACGAGAGGAAAGACGGGCCACCAUCAGUCCAAGACCUUCAGAUUUUUACCAAAAUUUUAGAAGCCAUGAGAGAUGACAGUGAUAAAGUCCCAAGCCUCCUCACAGACUACAUCCUCAAAGGUGAAGGUGAAGGGACACCCAGGACCACAUCAAGCACUCAGGGCACCAGUGAAAGACAGACGACUGAGACCAGGGACAUGCAGCCUGAAGGAAGUGAAGGGGCCACAUCUAGCAUUCCAGGCCCCAGUGAAACACAGACCACUGAGACCAGGGAUACUCAGCCUGAAGCAAGUGAAGGAACAACAAACACAACAUGCUCUGCUACUACACUGCCGCCUGCAGACACCUCACCCUCUGCAAUUCCUGAUAUCCAGGGAGCACCUAUAGAUCCUGCUGACUGGCCAGCCCGUAAGGUAAGGACAGAGUUAGUUAGCAGAGGACCGUACCAGACCAGUCCAGACUUUACAUUUCCAAAAAGAGAUGAUGGGAGAAGCUGCCACUACAACCACUUCUAUAGGAAAUUAGUAAAUGGGGAGAAAAUCAAGAGAAGCUGGCUUGUAUAUUCAAGGAAAAAAAUACUCUGUAUUGCUUUUGCUGCAAGCUCUUUUCACAGAAAAAUUAUAACCUCAUUAGUAGUGGUCUAAAUGACUGGAAGAAUUGUAGUGAGAUCCUGAAAAGCCACGAGCACAGUCCAGAGCAUUCGGACAAGCCACGCA